CUAAAAUUGCAUUUACCUGCCCUAUUGGGCGUGCUCAACUUACUUCCCCAGACAAAGAGAGGGAAAGAUCGGCAUCAACAAAGGUCCCGUCUCCGGAGGAGUCAUGGUCCAAUUUGAUUAUUAAAGUCCGACUGUCCUCCACUUUGUUUGUUGCAACGAGCUUCCAAUUUUGUACGAUUGCCUACCAAACAGAAUUCCAUCAUGCUUGUUACGCUUAACCACGUCCUGGCACUGUCUGCCGCUGUUCUUGGCGUCAGUGGCUUGGGCACUCCCGAGCAGCGCUGGGGCUCCUCGCACACCGGCCGCACCGUCCGCCCCAACCCAAUCCGCAACACCAUCCACGAACGCGCUUCGGGAGAGAAGAGAUUCCUCAAUGCCAAUUCUACCAAGUUCGCUCUUGACGGAAAGAAGAUCCCCGACGUCGACUUCGACAUUGGCGAGGCGUACGCCGGCAACUUGCCCAUCUCUUCCGACCCCAACGACCCCCAGUCGCUCUACUUUUGGUUCCAGCCUUCUACGAACCCCAAGGCCGACAAGGAGAUCGUUAUUUGGUUGAACGGAGGCCCCGGAUGCUCCUCUUUGGAAGGCUUCCUUCAGGAAAACGGCCCCUUCCUCUGGCAAUGGGGAACCUACAAGCCUGUCCCCAAUCCCUGGGCAUGGAGCCAGCUCACCAACAUGGUCUGGGUUGACCAGCCCGUCACCACCGGCUUCUCUACGGGCAAUGCUACUGCCCACGACGAGUUUGACGUCGCCAAGCAGUUCCUCGGUUUCUACAAGAACCUUGUCGACACGUUUGCCCUGCAAGGAUACAAGGUCUACGUUACUGGCGAGUCGUACGCUGGUCUGUACUGCCCAUACAUCUCCAGCGCCAUGGUCGACGCCAAGGACGAAACCUACUACAAUAUCAAGGGCAUGAUGAUCUAUGACCCCGUCAUUGCCGGUCGAGAUCUUAGUGGUGACGUGGUCGCCGCACCCAUUGCCGACCAGCACAGCAACCUCUUCUCUCUUAACCAGACUUUCGUCAAAUAUCUGCACGACAAGGACCAGGAAUGCGGCUACGCUGAUCUGCGCAAGAAGUACCUGACCUUCCCUCCUCCAGGCAACCUUCCCCGCAUCAAGCCUGGACCUGGAUGCGACGAAAUUGAUAGUAACUUCUAUGACGCCAUUGUCGCUAUCAACCCUUGCUUCAACCCGUACGAAGUGUCUACUACAUGCCCCAUGCUCUGGGAUGUUCUUGGGUACCCUGGCCGCCUGCCCUACACGCCCGAUGGUGCCAACGUCUACUUCGACCGUGCCGAUGUGAAGAAGGCUAUCAACGCACCACCCAACAAGAGCUGGUCGGAGUGCGGUGGUAAGCCCUUUGUUGGCAGCGACGAGCGUAGAAUCCCCCCAUCCAUCAUCCACGUCCUCCCCAACGUGAUUGACCACACCAAAAACGUCAUCAUUGGCAGUGGCUCUCUUGAUUACGUCGUCCCUACCCUCAACACCAUCCUCGGUAUCCAGAACAUGACCUGGGGCGGUAAGCUCGGCUUCCAGAAGAAGCCCGUCGAGCCCCUCUUCGUCCCCUACCACCAAGAUGGCGCCCUUGCCACGCUUGCUGGUGCCGGUGUCAUGGGCACUACACACGAGGAGCGUGGUCUCACGUUUGCCGUUGUUGGCCUCUCCGGCCACAUGGUUCCCCAGUUUGCGCCUACCGCUGCCUACAGACAGCUCGAGAAGCUGCUUGGCCGUGUUUGCUCCCUCAGCUCGCGAAAGCCCUUCACCACCGAUUCUUCCAACACCCCCCAGCCCAAGGGAGAUUUAGGACAAGGAACCGUCGUGUUUUAAAUGGCCAAUAGAGUACAUAGAUUCGAUAUAUACGAAGUGCUUAGUCUAUAGUAUGUGAAAAUGGUAUAUACAUUUCUCAAGUCAAAUUGCUCGAAUGCCGUUUCUUAUUGUAGACUUCAGCAUUGAAACUCUGAUAUAACUAUACUUACUAUACCC